AUGGGGGCGCGCGUGGGCCUCCUGCCGCCGCCGCCGCCGCCGCCGCUGCUGCUGCUGCUGCUGCUGCUGCUGGGUUGCCUGCAAGCCCGGCUCGCCGAGCGCGGAGACCCGGAGCUGCGCGCCGAGGCGGAGGCUUUCCUGGAGAAGUACGGAUACCUUACGGAGCAGACCGCCAAAGCCCCAGCCCCCACUCGGUUCAGCAAUGCUGUCAGAGAGUUCCAGUGGGUGUCCCAGCUGCCCAUCAGUGGAGUGCUGGACCAGGCCACUCUGCGUCAAAUGACACGUCCCCGCUGUGGGGUUGCCGACGCUGACAGUCAUUCAAGUUGGACAGAGAGGAUCCGUGUCCUGUUUCCUGGACCCCGGGCCCAAAUGAGUCGUAAGAAACGUUUUGCAAGGCCAGGCAACAACAAAUGGUACAAGCAACACCUCUCCUACCGCCUGGUGAACUGGCCUGAGCACCUGCCCGAGUCAGCUGUCCGUGGGGCCGUGCGCGCCGCCUUCCAGGUGUGGAGCAAUGUCUCGGCGCUGGAGUUCUGGGAGGCCCCGUCCACAGGCCCCGCUGACAUCCGCCUCACCUUUUUCCAAGGGGACCACAAUGAUGGGCUAGACAAUGCCUUCGAUGGCCCAGGGGGCGCCCUGGCGCACGCCUUCCUGCCCCGCCGCGGCGAAGCGCACUUCGACCGGGACGAGCGCUGGUCCCUGAGCCGCCGCCGCGGCCGCAACCUGUUCGUGGUGCUGGCGCACGAGAUCGGCCACACCCUGGGCCUGGCGCACUCGCCCGCGCCGCGCGCGCUCAUGGCGCCCUACUACAAGAGGCUGGGCCGCGACGCGCUGCUCAGCUGGGACGACGUGCUGGCCGUGCAGCGCCUGUACGGGAAGCCCCUAGGACGCUCCGUGGCCACUCAGCUCCCAGGAAAGCUAUUCACCGACUUUGAGGCCUGGGACCUCCACAGCUCCCAGGUCAAGCAUCCUGACAUCCAGGGUCCUAAAUACUGCCACUAUUCCUUUGAUGCUAUCACUGUAGACGGACAGCAGCGACUGUCCAUCUUCAAAGGGAGCCACUUCUGGGAGGUGGCAGCUGACGGCAACGUUUCAGAGCCCCGCCCACUACAGGACAGGUGGCCCGGGCUGCCUCCCAACAUUGAGGCUGCCGCCGUGUCCCUGGAAGACGGAGACUUCUACUUCUUCAAAGGGAGUCGAUGCUGGAGGUUCCGGGGUUCCAAGCCCGUGUGGGGGCACCCGCAGAAGUGCCGGGCAGGCGGCCUGCCGCGCCACCCCGAUGCAGCCCUCUUCUUCCCUCCGCUGCGCCGCCUCAUCCUCUUCAAGGGCGCCCGCUACUACGUGCUGGCCCGAGGCGGGCUGCAGGUGGAGCCCUACUACCCUCGGAGCAUGCAGGACUGGGCCGGGGUCCCCGAGGAGAUUAUGGGCGCCCUGCCCAGGUCCGAUGGCUCCAUCGUCUUCUUUAGAGAUGACCAGUAUUGGCGCCUGGACCAAGCUACGCUGCGGGUGACCACCUCGGGCCGCUGGGCCUCCGAACUGCCCUGGAUGGGCUGCUGGAAUGCCAACUCCGGAGGCGCCCUGUUCUGAAGGCGUCCCCACCCAGGCGCACGGAGCGAACCGCUAGAGCCUUAAGGCCACUCACUUCCUUGUCCCUGCCUGAGGGGCACAGCCUGUCUGGGGGAGCCGCUGAACUUGCCUGGAGGGGACCCGGCAGCGUAGGCCCCAGGUAGAAGUCGCCCUGAAUUUGUUCCCUGGAGGACAUAGUGCUGUGUGUUGGUCACAUGGUGGUGACCGCGGGAUCAAUCUAUGGAGAAACAACAACAAAAAGGGUCCCAGCACUUCCCCCCACCCCCAGUGCCUCCUUUUCCAAGCCUUGGGAGUUUUGUUUCUUCUGCUGAAGGCACCUUUAUAGAUGCCACAGUGCUGAGAUCCAGCCCAGAAAGAUGCAGAACUUAACAGAAAAGCUGUAAUCGCAGCAGGAUCAGAAGUUCAAGGUCAUUUUUUGGCUGCAUAGUAAAUUCAAGGUCAGUCUGGGAUACAUGACACUCUGUCCAAUUAAAAUAAAAGAAAAAAAGCGAAACUACCAGAGGAUGAGGACUCUUCGAUUCUUGGGAAAUUGUCUCUUAAUCAGAGGCCCCAUCCCCAAGCAGCUUUGUUGGAUGACAGACCCGAGGGUCUCCACGUCAGAUGUCCUUCGGGGGAUCAGCACGCAGAGCAGGAGGGAGGCUGAGGGAGGCCUCCGCGCCUGGCUUUUUGAGUAAACAGUCGCCAACAAUCGGUGGGCUUCGGGGCAGUAGCAGUCGUCCUUGGACAGGUGCAACCAUCUUUUCUAGCGAACGCAGGUAGGCACUGGGUGCAGGAUAUGCAGGGACCAUGUUCUGCUAUCCAAACAAGGGCCAACCAGCUGUGUGCGCGUCAUGGCGUGAGGGGGCGAGCGUCUCAGAAAGCAAAAUGACCUCCCAGGGGGCGGAAGGAGACCCCUCUGCAGCAGGAGAUGGCGCGGAGGGAGUGUGCCCGCAGCAGACCCUGGGGAGGCAGUCUCCACAAUGCUCUUGCAGGUUGCCCCCUCCCCUUCUCCAGGCCACACACACACACGCACAGCGUUCCAGAAGCUCCUGCUGUCUGGCCAAGAAUAGCCAGGAUUCCUGGAGAAGGAACCAGUUCCUCAACCUCCGCUGUGUGCCUCAGCCAGUUUCAGCAUUAAUUUUAGCAUCUGGAUCUCCAGUUCUCUUUGCCCUCCACCCCCACCUGCCCGUGCCUCGGCACACAGUGACCUCAGCUAGCCAGCUUGCAGGGAAGGGAGAAUGAUCUGGCCGGGGUGGAAGGGGGGCAACCCACAGCUCCGCGGAGGCAUAGCUGGCCCCGUGCCCUCCUUUCUUCUCUGUGCAAGGGGGAGAAUGAAUGCCCUUUGAGCGCACUUGGCUGCAAGUGCUUUGCACUGCUCUGUCCUGGGAAGGCCUGGGCGUCGGCUCCCUGCCCAUCCCUUGCUCUCUGGCUUGUACCCCAGGGAGGGGAAGGCGGCUCCUCCCAUCUUCACAGCCACCGCCCCCCCCCCCCGUCAAGACACUGACACUUUUAGAGGCUUUAUUGAAUGGCUAGAGGGAAAGGGUCAGUUUCUCAAGGGGCGGAGGGAAUCCAGAGGUUACUUUCCCCAGGUGAUGCCUCUGCCUACCGGGCCACAAGGCACUGGGAGAGACGCCGGAGAGGCUGUGUUUGGCGCACGAGUCAAGUGGGCGGGGCAGAUGCGGGGUGCUUGCCUGGGGGUGGGUGCUCUGGUAGUAUUGGCGGCUUUAGAUGCGGUCCUGUGUGCAGCCCUGCGCCCACCGUGGGGCUUCUCACGGAGCGGGGCGCUCAGGAUGGCUCCGAGAAGGGGCAGUUCUGUGGCAUGUGCUGAAGAAGAGGAGGCGGGAAGUUCGGGGUCAGGCAAGGACAAGGGGAUGCAAAGGCUUCGGGAGUGGGAGCGCUCAGGGCCCCUCGGCGGCCUCUGCUUGACCCAGGUCCGGGUGCUCCAGGACACAGUGCUCCACGUAGGCCGGGUGGCUGUGCAGGGUCUUGCAUUUCUUGCAAAAAAGGAUCUCGCAGCGCGCACAGCCUCCGCGGCGCGGGCGUCUCCGCCGGGUCUCCAGCAAGCACGUCUCCUCUGGGGCGCCCCGCUUCCUGAGGAGGGGCGACCGCACAACGCUCAUCGGUUCCCCACCUCCCCGAGAA